GGUACCAAAAUUCUGGUUGAGUGAGGCACCAGCAACAGCAUGUCUCAUGAGAUUGGAAAUUGCUUGUUGUGAUAGACAGGAAUUACGACGUAAACAUGAAUGGAAAGGACAAAAAGCGAGGAACAACAAAGUUCGGGGAUCAGAUGAAAAUCUUGAUUGAUUCGCUGGCAAAUCAAGAUAAAUCGCGAGCAAAAUGUGUCAGGAAAUUAUUUCGUGGCGUGACACGGAACUCGGACCCAAAAGAUGCCGAAGCUGUGCAGUUGCUUUUGGGGAGAGAUCACGAAUGGAGGAGACAUCAGGUUAAAGUUAUGAAGGCUGUGUCAAAAAUUAUCCGCCUCAUGAUGAUAACAGAGGGGACGACGUUCAAUGAGAUGGAAUGGACAGAGUUGGUUGAGCUUCUAAUCAGCUGUCGUCUUUUUGAUGUUGUCAACCUUCUUUUGCGCAUCAAGAUCCCACAGUCUGUGACUGAGGACGAUGCUGGCAGCAGCUUCGGAGACUCCUGGGAGUCUGUAUACUUCCACAGCCUGGAGAUCACCAGUAACAUCAUAUCCAGUGGUUACAUCUGCCAUACAGAAAGCAUCACCAAACCAUUCUUAGAUGAAGUUGUCAAGCACAGGUCAUUCUUGGAUGUCAUCAUCACAUUUGCUAUGGAUACAACUCGGCCAAUAAUGACAUGCCACGCCCUACAAAUUCUUGCAUUCUGUUGCAACAAAUACAUCCCAACUGCUAAGAAAGUGGGCAGGAAGAAAGAAUUGUUUCCAAGACUCUGCGAGUACGUCCAUAAGAACUUUGCUACUAAGCUGAUAUCGGACUGGUUCAAAGGAGGGGUAGAGCAGUAUGAGUUUGAUAUGAUGGGGGACAGGCCUCAGGGUCUGAUACCGAUAUACUUCCAGGAAGCCUUCAAGGAGCAUUCCGUGGAGGAGAUGACUAAGGACGAACAGCGACAGAGCGUCAUGACGUUUGCUUACAGUAUGCAUCUCUAUAGUCUCAAGCUUAUGGCCAUAUUAAGUAUUGCAGAUGACACUUCAAGGGAAACCGUAGUGAAAGAUCCUUCUUUACUCAAGCCUUGUAUCCGUUGGUUAGAAUCACCUGUCACAAGCAAGUUUUCAUCAGCUGCACUCAAUGAGACCCUGCUCAUGCUCACUGGGUUAUGUAACAGUGAGGCUAUCUGUCACAAACUUAUCUCUACGCACAACCUUAUACAACUCAUGGAAAGAGCAGUGUAUUAUGGAACCUUUGAACAUGUCAGCAACAUUUUUCAUCUCACAACAAAAAUCGCAUCCCACGAAGGCAUGCUCCGAUCCAAAAUCGGUGCAGUCGAGAGCAUUGCCCGUUCAGCGACAGUGCAUAUGUACAGUCACGUUCACGAGCUACGUCUCUAUGUGCUAACCUAUCUAACAUACAUUGUAGAGACCGAAGGCGUUCAUCACAUGAUCAAAUACUUUGGUCCUCAUCAUAUUCACCACUACCCAUCAUACUACUUCAAUGAAGCAAGACAAAUAGACAUGAAUGUUACAGACCUUUUGAAGGGUUACAAAUACUAUGCCGAAAGUGCAUACCUCCAUGCGGAAAGUCAGUUUAGGGAAUGGAAGAAAACACACAUCGGACUAGACCAAGAAAAAGCUGAAAGGUUAAAACUAGAAGGGAACAAGGCAUUUGUAGACAAUGAUUUCAGAUUAGCCAUAUCUAAAUACACUGAUGCCCUUGUUAUUUGUCCACCCCUCAGGAAAGAGAAACAACUAAAAUCAUGGUAUGACUUACCCAUCACCCUGUACUGUAAUCGAGCUCAAUGUCAUCUUAGUGUCAAGCAAUACCAUCAAGCUAUCAGAGACUGUGAUAAAGCCAUAGCGAGGUGCAUUGGAGCUGCAGACCCUACCAACCGAAUUGGCAACAUAAGGAACAACACAUUAAUGAGGAAAGCCCUGUACCGUCGUUCCAGGGGACUAUUCUUCAUAAAAGAUUAUCAUCGGGCUCUGUGUGACAUCACACUUUGUCUUAUUGGGGAUGAAAAAGCAGAAUAUUUCAUAUCACACAGAGAUAAGGUAUUGCUUCAAUACCGUGAUAUGCAUGGUUUGGAACCGAUUCCAUCUUGUGACAUGUGUGGUUUGGGGAUAGGCAAGAAGCUAAAGCGUUGUGCCAGGUGCACAGGACUCUAUUGCUCCAGGGACUGUCAACUGAAAGCAUGGGAUAAAUUUCACAAGACUAAUUGCCAAGAGUUUGUGAAAACUAGGAUUGAAAGCUCCGAGAGUGAUUAGUUGGAGACCCCGUGUAGUGUUUUGUGUAAGGAAUCCCUCUGAAAGGAAACUUCAAGUCUGGAACUGUUAGUCAGGUGAUCAUCCAAGACAAGGGACACAUAUCUGGAAAGUGCAAGGAGCUAUCAUUGAGCCGAAGUAGGCGGAACUAUAAUGUUAUAGCGGUCUUGAAGACAACAACCAUUCAGAGGAAAUGUCAACUGUCUCUGAUAACACUAAAAUCUGUGUAAAAAAAAAACUUUGUCCAAAGUUGGCAGAACUAAGUACUUUAUCGCCAUUUUGAACUGUCAUAGCAAACAAUAGUCUACUGCACUUUGCUACAGUUGAAAUGGUGUUCAGAUCCGGUUGAAUUUCCAUCAAAACCAAAUUGAUCUGCAUGAUAUAAUUCUGCUGUAACACUGAAUUCUUCAUAAACAAAAGCUUUAUCCAAAGCAGGGAUAACUCCAAGGUACUGCAACCAAAGAUUGAGAUGGCCUAUAGAAGGUCAGGUUGAAAUUUCAUCUUCAACAAGCUGAUUUACACUAGAUUUCUCUGGUAACACUGUAGUCUUUUUAAAACUCAAACUUUGCCCACAGCAGACAAAACCCUAAGGUACUUUAUUCAAAGUUUGGAGAUCAUCUUUUUAAGGUCAGCUUUUUAAUCCUAACACUAGUGAUAUACAUGAGAUCACUCUGGUAACGCUGAACUUUGUCCUAAGAAGAGAGGACUUUGAGGUACUGCAACUGACAGUAGGAAAUGAUCCACAGAAGGCUUGCUUGAAUUUUCAUCCAACCUAAACGUAUCAACAUGAGAUUACUCUGGUAACACUGAAAUAUUUAUGAAAACAAGCUUUGUCCAUACCAGACAAAUCUCCAGAACUUCAAAGGUCUGGUUGAAUUUUCAUCCAACCAAAUGGAAGCUUGGCAACAUUACUCUGGCAAGCAGAGGUGUUUAUGAAACCAAACUUGGUCCAUAGCAGACAAAACUUCAAAGGUCUGCUUGAAUUUUCAUCCAAACCAAACUGAAUGGACAUGAGAUCACUCUGGCAACGCAGGAGUGUUUUUUAGAACCAAACUUUGUCCAUAGCAGACAAAACUCAAAGGAACUUCACAUUCAGGUUUGGAGAUGGUCUUUAGAAGAUCUUGUUGAAUCUUCAUCCAAACCAAAUGGAAUCUACAUGAGAUAACUCUGGUAACUCUGAUGAGUUUAGAAAAUCAUACUUUGUCCUCAGCAGAUAAACUUCCAGAAAUUUUGCAUGAACUGUAGGUUUGGGGAUGAUCUUCAGGAGGUCAGGUUAAAAAAAUUUGAUUUGUACCCAAACAAUCUACGUGGCAUUAAUGUCUGGCAUUCCGCAUUUAGCUGUUGUUUAACCCUACUCAUCCAUGUUAACUUUAAUAGUAUAGUCUCCUUUAAUACUUGCUUCUGUAUUUCUAUUUUUUUAUUGAAAUUAAAGGGAUUCCUCAAUUUUUUCAUUUAUCUCAUUUCAUUUUAUUGUUAUUCUUAAGGUUCAGUCCACCCUGGAAAACUGUUGAUUUGAAUAAAUAGAGAAAAAUCAAACUAACAUAAUACUGAAAAUUUCAUCAAAAUCGGAUGUAAAAUAAGAAGGUAAUGAGAUUGUAAAGUUUUGCUGAUUUUCACUAAACAGUGAUAUGCACAACUCAGUGUCAUGCACAUGAGACAGUCGAUGAUGUCCCUCACUCACUAUUGCUUUUGUU